AUGAUGCAUAGCGCGGAGAAUAAUCGUUUCAUAGUGCAAGUGUACGUGGGGGCCUUGUCGGCCCUCUACGAGGCCUUGUCCGUGGAAGCGAGCAAGCAAACGACUUCGGAGGAAAUCGUAUCGUGCAUUGUCGAACGAUUGAGCCUGAGCGAUAGCACGUCGUACGAAUUGGCCGAAGUGAUUGGAGACGAUUUCGGGCAGGAGUGCAAAGAGAGGAGUCUGAACGCCUGCGAAAGCCCCGUGCAAUUGAUGAUGUUGUGGCCGAAACACCGGCCCGAUCACUCGUCCUACAGGUUCUAUCUGAGAGAGAAAAUCAACGAUUACAUAUGGAGAGAUCAGUUCGUUAUGGAUCCCCAAUUGAUCAAAGACUAUUUCCACAGGUUUCUGUACCAACCGAAAGACAGGGAGUACCCGGAUUUGUGCCAAUUGCCCGAUCUCAACGAACAAACGUUGUUGGAUAAUUUGAGAGCUCGAUUCGUGGCCGGUCACAUAUACACGUACGUCGGUUCGAUUCUCAUAGCUUUAAAUCCGUUCAAGUUCUAUCCGAUUUACAAUCCCAAGUACGUGAAGUUGUACCAGAACCGACGGUUGGGCCCCAAUCUGCCGCCUCACAUAUUCGCCGUGGCCGAUGUCGCCUAUCAUUGCAUGCUCAAAGACAGGAAAAAUCAGUGUAUCGUUAUCAGCGGUGAAAGUGGUUCCGGCAAGACGGAGAGUACGAACUUUUUGUUGCAUCAUUUGACCGCUUUGAGCCAGAAGGGUUCGCACGGGAGCGGCGUCGAGCAGACCAUACUCAGCGCAGGUCCCGUUUUGGAGGCCUUCGGAAACGCCAAGACGGCCCACAACAACAAUUCCAGUCGAUUCGGAAAAUUCAUUCAAGUCAACUACAAGGAAAACGGCAUGGUGCACGGGGCAGUCGUGCAAAAGUACCUCCUCGAAAAAUCGAGGAUAUGUUCGCAGGGCCGGCACGAACGAAACUACCACGUGUUUUACUAUCUACUCGAAGGCGCCAACGAACAGGAGAAGCUCCAAUUGCACCUGAAGCGACCCGAUCAGUAUUGUUAUCUGAACAAAUCGUGCGGCGCGCUGGACAACACCGACGAGAGCUACGAAUUCUCCAGGUUGAAGCAAUCGAUGGAGAUGGUCGGUUUCACCACCGAAAAACAACGCCGGUUGUUCUCCGUGUUGUCGGCCGUCCUUUUGCUGGGCAACGUGGAAUUCCAGCCGAGGAAGAGCGCCUAUCAUCACGACGAGGCCGUCGGCGUGAAGAAUCCCGACGUGGUGAUGCUCAUCUCGGAGUUGCUCAGAGUCAAACAGGAAACUUUGAUGCAAGCUCUGACGGCGAAGCGAGCUCGAGCUUCCGGUGAAACGUUAGUGAUUAAUUAUCGAUUGCCUGAGGCCAUAGCCAGUCGGGAUGCUAUGGCUAAAUGCCUCUACGGAGCUCUAUUCGAUUGGAUUGUACUACAAGUGAAUCACGCGCUGCUGGCGAAGAAGGACACGCUGAGAGAACACCAAGGCAAUUCGAUCGGCGUGUUGGACAUAUUCGGUUUCGAGGAUUUCGGUUUGAACAACAGCUUCGAACAGUUGUGCAUAAAUUACGCCAACGAGCAUCUGCAAUAUUAUUUCAAUCAGCACGUGUUCAAAUACGAACAGGAGGAAUACAGGAAGGAAGGAAUCAGGUGGACUAAUAUAGAAUUUAUGGAUAACACGGGGUGUCUGCAAUUGAUCGAGGGCAAACCAAACGGUCUGAUAUUUUUAUUGGACGAUCAGUGCAAUUUUCCCGGUGCAACGAACGAAACGCUCCUGCAGAAAUUCAAUUCGGUCCACAAAGACAACAAGUUCUACCAGAAGCCGCAGAAGAAGGAGGGCGCCUUCAUCAUCGUCCACUACGCCGGCAAGGUGAAAUACCAAGUGACGGACAUGCGCGAAAAGAACUUGGACCUGAUGCGACAGGACAUCGUCGGCGUGUUGAAGAACAGUUCGAUGGCAUUUGUAAGGGAAUUGGUCGGGGCCGAUCCGGUGGCGGUGUUUCGAUGGGCCAUCGUCAGGGCGUUUUUCCGGGCGUAUUUCGCUUUUCACGAGGCGGGCAGGAAGCAACGGCAGGGUCGCGUCGACGGUAACAAGAAUAACGUCCAACAGAGGUAUUCGAGGAAUCACACGCCCAACGAGAAUCUCAUUAGUAAACAACAACGAAACACCGUCUCCUUUAAUCGACCGGGUCGAAACUUAGACAACGAACAAUCUAACAAUCGAUUGUCCUGGCCUCAACUCUACCAAAGGAAUCGCCACAACAACACGCCGAACAGUAGCAAAAAUUCGGAGGACGAUCGAAGGAGAAAGGACGUUUCCUUAACGGGAUGUCCGAACGCUUCGGUUGGCCUCGAUCGUUUGGCGCCCGACGAAGCCAGAGCCAUACAAAGGGCCAAUCAGAUCGUUAUGAAAAACAAAUCGUUCAGGCCGAGGGAGCGCAGCAAAAAGGGCCUGAAGAAUUUGCAAACGGUGAAAACGUUGGUCGGUCGAACGGGCAUCGCCGCCCAACCGCAAGGGCAAUUGGGCAAGGGCAGGAAACAACCGAUGACGGUCACCGCUCAAUUCCAACAAAGCCUUCACUCGCUCAUGGAUACUCUCAAUCAGGCGAAUCCGUUUUUUAUCAGAUGCAUCAAAUCGAACGGUAACAAAAUACCGAAUACGUUCGACGAGGGUACCGUUCAAAGGCAAUUGCGGUACACCGGUAUGCUAGAAACCGUUCGAAUCCGACAAGCCGGCUUCAACGUUCGAUUGACCUACGACGAAUUCAUCCAAUUGUACAGGAUCCUGUUGCCUAAGGGCCUGCUCAGUUCCCAAUUGGACGUUAGGGAUUUCUUGGCGACGCUCAAUUUGAACAGGGACAAUUACCAGCUGGGCGGUACGAAGGUGUUUAUGAGAGAAAGCGAAAAGUACAAAUUAGACUGUAAACUUCACCAACAAAUCAUGGCGAGCAUCGUGACGUUACAAAGGUGGUUCAGAUCGUGUUUGGAUAGAAGGAGAUUCCUGCGGAUCAGAGACGCCGUUGUUACAUUGCAAUCCUACUGCAGGAUGUAUUUGGUGCAAAAAUACGCGAGAAGAAUGCAAGCGGCUUUGAAAAUCCAGAAACAUUGGCGGGGCUACAAGAACAGGUGUUGGAUGGAGAAAUUGAAAAUUAGCCUGGUGUUGUUCCAAGCCCAUUGUAGGGGUUACAAAGUUAGGAAAACGAUUAGAUACAUCAAAGUGAAAGGAGAUGUUCAACAUAGAAGAAUGCAGAUCGCCAGUGCGCUUCCCGCUCAUCUCCAAGUAAAACACGGAAGUUCCGACGAAGCGUUCGUCAGUAAAGAUUCCAGCCUCGAAGAGGUGCGAACCGAUCCGAUCGAAAGGAAAAUAUUGGACUCUGACGAAAGUAGCGGUAUACCGGAGGACGACAUCGAUACAACUUCUCACGCUAAAUUGAGCCUAAGAUCGACCGUUUCAUUACCGAGCGUGUCAACGCAACAAUCCACCGGUUAUUAUUAUCUCGGAAAUUACAGAUUCGACGACGUAAAACCCGAGAAAAUCACGUUGGAAGCGAUCAAAAAACGAACGCCCAAGUCCCAUCAAACGAUCGAUUUCUCCGAUUUGGAUUACACGCCCCAACGGAAGGGCAGCGGCGAUUCGUUGGGUUCCCAACGGAGUCUCGAAUCGCAACAAAGCUCCGAUUCCCAUUCCAGCGUAACGGUACGCGAAUCGCUCAAACAGGAACCAUCGCCGUCGUUGGACAAGCAAUGGUCGUCGACGAGCACCGCCAGCGAAACGUUCUCCGAAUGCUCGACGACGUCGUCGGGCGUCGCGACGGCGCGUUCGGCGCCGCCGAUAAUCGCCCGCGACCGCUCCUUUUGGCACAAGAAACCGGUCGCGCGCGAAUGUUACAUGAAACAACCUCUAUCCCGCACCGAGGCCGUCAACAAUUGCGUGCCCGUCCAGCACGCGAAAGACGCCAGGCAUUCGGACAACAAUCAUCUGAGAAGUUACCAGCCGGUGAGGCGGCUCCAGCGCGAAAAGUACUUCGCCGAAUGCCGAACCGACGUCUAUCCGUACGAUCAGACGCCGAGCAAAGUGGACCAGAUAUUGGGCAGGCCGGAGGCGCCCGUGCGGAAUACGAGGAAAUCCAAGAGGGGUCACGUGAAGAGCUUGGGCGAAGAGGUCACCGAUAGCUCGAGCUUGGACAAGGGCGUGUUUUUGGGUACCAUCGAGGAGUUGAAAACGCAUCCCGAAUACGUCGUACAAGAGAGGAAAGGUAGCGAGGCGGGCGCGAACAAGCAAAACCUGACGCCGAAAAGACAACGUCAGAAUCUGCCGCAGCUCGAUUUGCGCCGAAGGAACAGCGAUCCGGCGACGAAGGCCGUCGUUUCGGACCAUCCGUCCGGUUUGGAAUCGAGCCCAUCGAUAAAAACCAACGAUUACAAGUACGACGUCAACGCCCUGUCGAUCGCCGGUCAUUCGUUCAGGAAAAUACCGAGGAUAUCGAAGGACGAUUUGUGCGCCUUUUGCAACGCCGAAUUGGACGCGUUCUACACGCCCGGCUACAAGUGCACCAAUUGCAAGAAACAAUUUCACACGAAAUGCAUACAGAAUAAGGUGUUCGAAAUGCCGUGCGAACAAAGAGCGACGGCCGACGUACGAUCGGGCGGCAGGCGGAAACACCGCAAGCACUCGCGCGCCCCCUACGAUCUGCGCAAACACGACGAGAGCAAAUUCAGCCUGACGGGCACGUCGGAGUUCACCGAUCGCACCGAUCAGAUCAUCACCGGCGCCGAAGAGCUGACGUUGAUGCAGCAAUUCAUCACCGACAAGAUCAUGAAGAUGGAAUCGGUCGGCGGCAAAAAUAGCGACGUCGACAAAACGUUCAAGCAGGCGCUGAGAGAAUUCAAGGACAACUUGGUGCAGAUCUACAGCAACGCCAACAAGCACAACAGCUUGGAGACGUGCAACAUCAAAUAUAAGGAUCUCAUUUUGGUUUUCAAUCAGGCGAUGGAGACGGUGUGUCAGCGCGAAUUGAAGCUGAACGACGCCAAAGAUUUUCCGGUGACGAUGGGCGUGAACGCGUUCCGCGGCUUCAUGGACGAAUUCAUGUCGACGAGGGCCGAAGAGAAGCCGAGCAAAUCGAAGCGAAAGAAAGAAAAGAAACGUAAAUUGGAGACGGUCAAACACAACGGUCACACGUUCCUGUUGACCAUCAUCAACAUACCGACCGCCUGCGAGAUAUGCAGCUCGUUUUUCAUGUGGCCCAUCGAACGCGGUUUGGUCUGUCAAAGUUGCAAGAUGACCUGUCACAAGAAAUGCUACGUCAAUGCCAACGUUUGUUCGAAGGAGGCCGGCAUGCAGGGCGAAACGAAAAAGGUGUUCGGCGUACCGUUGGUGACGUUGGUCACCGAAGAUAGCAAAAUACCGUUGGUGAUCGAGCGAUUGUUGAGCACCAUCGAAUUGCACGGUUUGUACGCCGAAGGGAUCUAUCGGAAGAGCGGCGUCAGUUCGAAGAUUAAGGAAUUGAAGAAUAGGAUGGACGAGAAUCCCGACGAGGUCGAAUUCGAAAGAUAUCAGGUUCACGUGCUUGCCUCGGUGCUGAAGAGCUUCCUGCGCGAAAUGCCCGAACCGUUGUUGACGUUCGAAUGCUACGAGAACUUCAUCACCGCCGCCAAUCUAUCGGUGGAAAACGAUCGAGUAGCCACGCUCUACGACAUCCUCAAAAAACUACCGCCCGCCAAUUACGAUCUGAUGGAACGGUUGAUGUUCCAUUUGGCGCGCGUCGCCCUCCACGAGGAAACCAAUCGCAUGUCGUCGGCCUCGCUGGCCAUCGUGUUCGCGCCGUGCGUGUUGCGAACGAACAAAUUGGUGCCGGCGCAGGAGAGCUUGGUCGACAUCAGCAGUCAAACGCGGUGCAUCGAAACGAUCAUCGGCGUGCAAUUGCGCAAGGUGCGCAACACCUUGGACGACAUCGAUACGUUGGAUACGGCCUGUCAGGCGGCGACGAAUCGGUUGAGCAGUUUGCGCAGCAGCAAAGUCUUUACGCCCGACGAAUUGAUGCCGACCGAUCGGCCGGUUGAUCGACAGCCCACCGACGACGAGGAACAUUUGCUCGAGGAUCACAUACAGGAGAUACAAAAGGAGAAGGAGCAUUUGACAUCGACGCUGCCGAUAUUGACGCACGCGACGUCCGACGACGAUAUGCUAUCGACCGACGGCGACGGCAGUCUCGACGAUCUCACCUGUUUGUCGGAGAAACGGCACAAUCACAACAAUCAAAAUCAACGGCCGAUCGUCAGAUCGAUAUCGACGGGGAACGCGGUGUCGAAUUUGCGAAGGCAUUUGUCGGGCGAAUCGAAGUGUUCGGAGGAUUGCGGCGAGGAUCCCAUUAUGGUUUGA